CUAUAAUAUUUGCAAAAAAAUUACAAUGAAUAACUCCAACAACAUUUCAUUUCAUUCUGUGAAUAGUGCAAUUCAAAAAGUUGCCUUAUAUGAAACGAAAACGCGUUUAUUAUUGGUCGGAAGCAAUGAUAGAGAAACGAAAUUUCGCUGCCUUGAAAUUGAUAGAACCGCCGGAAAUGAAUUAAAAUUUCAUGAAUAUCCCAAUGAAUACGAUGCCAGAGGUAUUCGUACACUUGUCGGCACGCUUGGUCAAUGCAAGAAAAUUAGUGCGUAUGGUGUAUUGGGAUUUAUUCGUUUUAUGGAAAGUUAUUAUAUGAUUUUGGUGACAAAGCGAACAAAAUGUGCUGUAAUUGGAAAACACAUUGUCUAUACAAUUAAAGAUACUGUGAUGAUACGUGUGUGUGAGCCAUCUGUAAAACAAACACACCCACUAGAACAGCGUUAUCAGCGAAUGUUUACGAAUAUUGAUUUAAAUAGUAAUUUUUACUUCAGUUAUAGCUAUGAUUUAACACGAACGCUUCAGCAUAAUUUAUCAGCGCCGCGUUUCAUUGGAAAUGCUGACAUUGAACGUGAGGAUCCAUUACCUGAUUGGAAUCUUUACAAAAACAAACGAAAUGAAAAAGUAGAGUUUGCCAUUCGAGGUGUCUCUCGGAAAAGAUUUGUUUGGAAUGCGUAUCUCUUGAAACCGAUGUCUGUGAUAUUGAAUCGAGAUUGGCUUUUAGAAGUGAUUCACGGUUUUGUUUCACAAUCAAGUAUUAGCAUAUUUGGUCGUUCGGUGUAUGUUUGUUUGAUUGCACGACGAAGUACAUGCUUUGCAGGAACCCGCUUUUUAAAACGAGGUGCCAAUUUUGCUGGCGAUGUCGCAAAUGAAGUAGAAUCAGAACAACUUCUUGAAGAUGGCUCGCGAAUGUGCAGUUUUACCCAAAUGAGAGGCUCAAUACCAUCUCACUGGUCACAAGAUAUCAGUAAAAUGGUACCAAAGCCACCAAUAUCACUAGAUUUAUCUGAUCCAUAUGCAACGACCCCAGGAAAGCACUACAGUCGUUUGCUAUUUCAUUUUGGUGCGCCGAUUAUCGUUUUGAAUCUUGUGAAAAAACGUGAAAAACGUAGACAUGAAAGCAUUUUAACGGAAGACAUGACAAAAUCCAUCAAUUAUCUUAAUCAGUUCCUACCACCACAGCACCGAAUCAAAUACCACCAUUUCGAUAUGGCGAAAAAGAGUCACGGCGGAAAUGUGAUGAGCAGUUUGGCUAAAUUUGCCGAAAAUUUUGUACAAAAAACUGGCCUCUUCUUCAAAGAUUCAAAUGAUAUUUCUUUCCAAACGGGCAUCGUUCGAGUGAAUUGUGUCGAUUGUUUAGAUAGAACGAAUACAGCACAGUUUGCGAUCGGAAAAACAGCAUUAGCACAUCAACUUCAUCGACUUGGAUUAUUAAAAGCACCACCAAAAUUGGAAUUUGAUUCAGAUUGCGUUACUAUGCUUGAGAGUUUGUAUGAAGACCAUGGUGAUACACUGGCAUUGCAGUAUGGAGGCUCUCAACUUGUCCAUCGUAUCAAAACAUACCGAAAAACGGCCGCAUGGACGUCACAAGGCAAUGACUUUAUGCAGACUCUCUCCCGCUACUAUUCAAAUACAUUCAGCGACAAUGAGAAACAACAUUCAAUGAAUAUUUUUUUGGGUUUUUUCAUUCCAUUGGAAAAUAAAGAAAAUAUUCCAAUAUGGGACCUAUCAACCGAUUACUUCAUGCACAAUUCAAAAAAAGAUAUCGAGUCCGAGAUUCAAAGUCCAAAACCAUUGACUGAAUGGUGCAGUCCAUUCAUUUUAAAGCAUUUGCCAAAUUCAACAAGCGAUAGCAAUAAAAUCGUCGAUGAAUUAAUUCUCGUCCAUUCGUCCGAUCUCGAUAUUAUCGAUUACUAUUCGAGCUAUCACAUUCCGUAUAAGUGGACCACUUUUGAAGAAAAUAUCGCAUUCACCAUAAGUUUAAUGGCCAGAUGCUUCACACCUACAUUUCGUACGAAUUUCAGCCCAUUUGUGCCAGCAACAAGACGUAGCGAAGGUCGCGGUAUUUUGAAGAAUCCAUCGUUAACCGGUUCAACUGGAUCUACGAAUUCGAGCAGCUCCGAAGAUGGCACAAGCUCCGAAGAUGAUUCGAUUUUGGAAAGUUCAUUCACACAGAAUAUAUCAAGUGAAAGUGAAGCACUGCCACUACAACCACUAGGCUCACCAUCAUCAAAAUAUGUCACAUUUGAUACAAUGUUUCCAUCGAUGAGAGAAGUUUAUAAAACUAAUUUAAAGCAACCAAACAAAAAAGAUAUGAUUAAAUAUAAACAAUACGCCAAAAUGGGAAUUGUUCUAAUGUCGAGCAUCACAAUGAACACCUAUAAUCCGAAGAAGCCAUUACAAAAUCGACAUAAACGAAUGAUUGAUCUCGUUCCGCUUGAUAGCAAUAAAAAUGAUGAUUAUAAACAAGUGACACCGCCAAAAGUCAAUGACAAAUCGAUCGAUAUCUAUAAAAAAUACACGGAAUUACCAGAUAAUGUAUAUAAUCGAUCUCCUUCCACAAGCGAUUUGAAUAUAAUUCAAAAGUAUUUCAGUCACUGUCAAAGUGAAUAAAAAUCGUUAUGUCUUGUUAUUUUCUUGUUUUGCUGUUUAUUCAAUAAAAUUUCAAUAUAUAAAUUGGUA